AUGGCACACACUCAGCUCGUUGACGUCCUCUCUGGCAGUUAAAAGCUCUCAGAGAUAAGACGAUGGGACACAGAGCUCUCACUCUGCUGCCGCUCAGAUCCUCGUCCUCAGAGACUGAAACAGGCCAAAGUAACUAAGUACAUUUACUCACGGACAAUAAUGAGCUACUUGUACUUGAUCUGAGUAUUUUCUGCGUCUUCGUAUUUCCGCUCCAUCACAGUUCAGAGAUUUCUGUCUCUUCAGCUGGUUGAAGCUGAGCAGGAGAAGGUUCCUCUCCAGACAUGCAGAAGGUGGAGGGACGGGGCACCCCGGUCAACCUGCCCUCUUCCAGGGGCCCGAGCACCCCGGGCUCUCCGGCCACAGGCAUCAUGACCCGGGUGAACGACCAGGUGGUGGGUUACAGGGACCUGGCCGCUCUGCCCAGAGAUAAGACCAUCCUGCAGGUGGAGAGACCCGACCUCAUGACCUACCAGCCGCACCUGAGCUUCUCGCCGCUCGACCCGCCGCGCAGAGAGCGCUCCCUCUCCCCCCCCCCCUCGUCUCCGACCAUGUCUCCUGAGGUGAAGGCUCGCAGAGCAGAGAGUGACAGCGGUUCUCCUGGAGGAUCCUCGUUGCAGCUCAACACCGGACGGAAGAUCAGCGUCAGUCUGCAGCAUUUCCACCGACCAGAUAAUGGAACCAACAUCUACAUGAAACCUCCGAUCUACAAACAGGAUGCUGCCAAACCUCUGGAGGGCAGUGGCGUGAUUCGCUCGGCCAUGUUCCCAGCGGCUCAGCCUCCAGAUCCCAACCAGCCGUCCAAGAUAGAGACAGAGUACUGGCCCUGCCCGCCAUCGCUGGCCGCCAUGGAGAUCGAGUGGAGGAAGAAGAAGCUGCCGGAGGAAGAUGAGUUUGAGGACCUGACAGAAGAAGCCAGGACGCUGCAGGAGCAGGAGCUGGAGAAGAUCAAGUCCAACCUGGGUCGUCUGAUCCUGAAGGAGGAGAAGGAAAAAGGCCUUAACUUCCGCAGGAAGACACAGUCACUUCCUGACAGAACACACAUGCACACCAGUUUGUCAGUGAGUGCAUCGAAGUCUCCGUCACACUCGGGUUUGACCAGAAUGCAGUCAGCAGAGUUUUCCACCGACGGAGACAAAGCAGCUUCAGAUGCUCAGAAUGGAGACGCUCGCAGAGAGAGGAUGGACAGAGGGAACUCUCUGCCCAGUAUCCUGGAGCAGAAGAUCUAUCCCUAUGAAGCUCUGAUUGUGACCCACAGAGGGCGCUCUAAGCUGCCGCCAGGAGUCGACCGCACCCGACUGGAGAGGCACCUGUCCUCGGAGGACUUCCUGCGGGUGUUCGAGAUGCCGAUGGCCGACUUCGACCGUCUCUCCUUGUGGAAACGAAAUACACUGAAGAAGAGAGCUUCACUUUUCUAACAGGAAGUGACCUCGUUCCAAAGUAAUACUUGAUGAAGGUCAGAGGAGGAGGAGCCGGCCGUAUCAGCAGAUAUCCAGAGCCAAUCAUCACGUCCGUCCGUCUAACUAACCAAUCACGACCCUGGGUGUGUGGCGCCCCCCUGAGGAUCAGACGGAGAUGAACCCUCUACUCUGACUAACCUGAUGCACUGACACUCGUUACCUGUGCUGCACUUAUAAUCACCACUGCUUGCAAAUCACUCUCAUUAUGUGUCCACACACGCCAUCAUCUUCAUCUUCAUCAUCUUCAUCAUCUUCAUCAUCUUCAUCAUCAUCAUCACACAGGGGUCUGGUUCCUCAGAGUUUAACCUGCAGACGUCUGUAUCGUGUCAGAUUAGCAUGUUAGCAUGUUAGCUCAGGUGUUCUGGUGUCAUGAAGCUGGUUACCGAGGCAGCCGACCAAUCAGAUCUCUGGAAAUCAUCACUGCUACAGGAGUUCUUCACUGAUGAUGUCACUUCCUGUCACAUUAAAAGCAUCACGUGAGCGUCUCUCGAGAACACGCUCAGAACGGAGAUCAUUCAUUGGUCGCCUGUUCUCCUGCGUGUUGUCACAUUUCAUUUGAUUGUGACGUUUUAUGAAGAGCGAGAAAGUCCAGACUUUUAUUCUGAAACUGAGCUUUGAAUCCUGUCACUUCCUGAAACUUAUUAUUUUCAGGUUUCAACAAAAAUACUAAGAACAAAUGUUCUUUAUGUUUUGUCAACAAAACAACUCGGUCCAGUUUCAGAGAAAACGUUCGAUCGAUGACAAACAGCUGCUGACCUGACGGUGCGAUACUGCCCCCCAGAGGUCAUGUGCUGGAUUGCAACAACUCUUCCGAGAGCCACAGGAAACACGAUGUAGCACGAGAACGUUUCUCAGUGGCUCCUCUCGACCGUGAAGAACAGAAGUUCCCUGACUGGACUGAACGUUUUACAGAUGUUCUGUUUGACUCGUUUGUUUUAAUCUCGUCAGGAGACGAACGCGUGAACAGUGAAGUGAACAGAACCAGCUCCAUGACACCAGGAACCCGAACAGAACCCGACUCUGACGCCAGCUGUUCAAUGUCAUAAAGUCACAUACUCAACAUGUAACUUAAUUAUAAAAUAUAUUUAUGACCUGUAGCUUUAUUUAUUUGAUGAUUGUAAUUUUUACUGCCACACGUGAACUGCUCUUAUGUUGAAAAUAUUACUUUUGGUGUACAGUUGUUUUUUUUAUUUAAUGAAACGACAUCACCUCCCACUUUAACUCGCCGCCGACAUUUCACCACUAAUCUCAUGGCAACAUUUUAAAGGAGAACUUCGUGCUAAUCAACGUGUUUGUGUUGGAUCGUGUGUUCAGGUAGAAAACGUCUCUUUCUUCUGCAGACGCCUUCAUAACAUUCUGUCUGUUUCAAAGGAAUUCAAAUAAAUCUGAAAUAAUAUCAAA